AUGGGUUUUACAUUUCAGAUUGAAGAGGGUUCUGAAAACAGUGAGCAGCUCUUUGAAGAUGAUGGAAAUGUGCAUGAAAUGGAAGGAAAUGACCUUGAAAUUGAAAGGAAUGACCUUGAAAUUGAAGGGAACGAGGUUGAUAUCAAGAGCAGUGGCCUUGAGAUAGAAGGAAAUGGCCUUGACCUUGAAAGCAAUGGCCUUCAGAAUGAUUGUGACCAAAUACUUGAGAUUGAAGACAAUCAUGAAAGCAAUGGGGAUGAUACAACUGCAAUUGCUUUUGAAAGUGGCAUAUCUCAAGGAAAGGAUCAUCCGUCACCAGUUGUGAGAACGGAGUUUGAAUCGGUGAAAUCUUCAUGGACAAAGCGUAACAGCAAAGAGAAACGCGGAGCUGUGCUCUGUUAUGGAGGGUGGAUGAAGUCAAACUGGAACACAAUCACCUAUUCAACCAUGAAAGGGCGCAAAAUUGUAAAGUCAUACAAGAAGAUGGAAGCUGUAGCCAAAAGGAAGGUGGAGCCAACUAUGGAUGUAGAAGCACGGACAAUCAAGUUGUAUCGUACACCUGUGGUUGAUCCACUGGGUUAUGGAAGCUCAAACUCGCUCGAAGGAGAAAUUAGUAAGAAUGUUGACCGUUCUAAAUGCUUGAAGCUUAAAAAAGGAGAUUCCCAAAUUAUUUACAAUUAUUUUAGCCGCAUUCAGCUUACUAAUCCAAAUUUUGUUUACUUGAUGGAUCUCAAUGACGAAGGGUAUCUAAGGAAUGAGUUUUGGAUAGAUUCUAGGUCUAUGGCUGCAUAUGUCUACUUUGGUCGCCCUCUGCAAACCAUAAUCACAGACCAGUGCAGGGCAAUGCAAGGUGCAAUUUCUGUGGUGUUUCCCAAGGCGCACCAUCGACUGCAUUUGUCACAUUUCAUGCAAAGCAUUCUUGAGAAUUUGGGAGAGUUGCAGGAAUCUGACAAUGCAUGGCUUCGUACUCUGUAUGAGGAAAGAAAGCGAUGGGUUCCGGUUUACCUUAAAAGAUACACUUUUUGCUGGAAUGUGCACUUUCCAGAAUGGGAGUCCAUGAGUUCAUUUUUUGAUGGCUAUCUUUCAAAGUUGUAUACAAACGAAAUAUUCAGGAGGUUCCGAGAUGAGUUUGUGAUGAUGCCUUCUUGUUUCAGCAUAAAACAAGUUCAUGCUAACGGACCUGUUAUAACAUACCUGAUUGCAGAACGUGAGGGUGGAGAUCAGAGGGAUAUCAGGAACUUUGAAGUUAUGUACGAUAAAGCUGGAUCGGAAAUUCAUUGCAUAUGCAGUUGCUUGAACUUCAACGGGUACCCUUGCAGGUAUGGUUUGUGCAUCCUUAACUUUAAUGGUUUGGAAGAAAUCCCCUUUCAGUAUAUCUUCUUGCGAUGA